AGAUGUUAAUUGGCUGAGAGGCGGCGGAGGCGGGGCUAGCUGCGCCUUGGGAUAAGGGAUCGAGGCUGCAGCCGGGUGAACCCCGAUUCCCCCCCCGAGCCCUAAGGGGCCCCGGGCUCCCCGCCGCCAUGUCCGAGCGUGAGGAGCGGCGCUUCGUGGAGCUGCCGCGCGAGUCCGUGCGCCUGAUGGCGGAGAGCGCCGGGCUGGAGCUGACGGACGAGGUGGCCGCGCUGCUGGCCGAGGACGUGUGUUACCGCCUGCGGGAGGCCGCCCAGAACAGCUCCCAGUUCAUGAAACACACCAAACGCCGGAAACUGACGGUGGAAGAUUUUAACCGGGCCCUUCGCUGGAGCAACGUGGAGGUGGUGUGCGGCUAUGGCUCCCAGGACCCCCUUCCCUUCCGUGCUAUAAAGGAAGGGGAACUCUACUUCCAGGAGGACCGUGAGAUCAAUCUGGUGGAGCUUGCCCUGGCCACCAACCUCCCCAAGGGCUGUGCAGAGACAGCAGUGAGAGUUCACGUCUCUUACCUGGAUGGAAAAGGAAAUCUGGAACCACAGGGAGCUGUGCCCAGUGCUGUCUCCACACUCUCAGAUGACCUGCUGAAGUACUACCAGCAUGUGACCCGAGCUGUGCUUGGGGAUGACCCGCAGCUAAUGAAGGUUGCCCUCCAGGACCUGCAGACGAACUCGAAGAUCGCAGCCCUGCUGCCCUACUUUGUCUAUGUGGUCAGCGGGGUGAAGUCCGUCAGCCAUGACCUGGAGCAGCUGAACCGCCUGCUGCACAUCGCCAAGAGCCUCAUCCAGAAUCCCUACCUGUGCCUGGGCUCCUAUGUCAAGAGCCUGAUUGCCAGCGUCAUGUACUGCGUGCUGGAGCCACUCGCCGCAUCCAUCAACCCCCUCAACGACCAUUGGACGCUCCGGGACUACGCUGCCAUGCUCCUGAGCCACAUCUUCUGGACGCAUGGCGACCUCGUCAGUGGCCUGUACCACCAGAUCCUGUUGUCCCUCCAGAAGGUGCUGGCUGAUCCAGUGCGCCCGCUUUGCUCUCAUUAUGGGGCAGUGGUGGGGCUGCAUGCCCUGGGGUGGAAGGCUGUGGAGCGAGUCCUCUACCCCCAUCUCUCCACCUACUGGGCGAACCUGCAGGCCGUGCUGGACGACUACUCUGUCUCCAACGCCCAGGUGAAGGCUGAUGGGCAUAAGGUGUACGGUGCCAUCCUGGUGGCAGUGGAGCGCUUGCUGAAGAUGAAGGCCCAGUCAGUAUCAGCCCAGGGGGACAGACCAUGUAGGGAUGGGUGCCGUCGGGAGAGCUCUCCCUGGCUCAGCCCCCUGCAGGAUCCCCAAGUGGAGUUCAGCUUUGGCAUCGCCAGCCACCUUCUGCAGCUGGGCAGCGGGGGCCCCCAGCUGGGCACUGGCAUCUCUGCUGACCCUCCCACUGUCUCCCUGCACGAGACCUACCGGGAGCUCUACGACUUC